AAUAUUUAACUCUGUACUAUUAUAUCUUCCUACUCCCCUCAGAUUUCUUUCCUGUCAGCUCUCAGUCGGAAAGGCCAAAUAACUUCAGCCCUUGCCACUUGCACUCGAAUCGACGGAAGGCAUCCAGAGCACCCUUUAUAUCUUCAAGGAACAUCGAGGAAGAUGAAGGGCCACUCCAUGCUGGCUGCCGCCGCUGCUGCUGUCUUGCAUUAUACGGCCACAGUAUCCGCCCUAGCAUCGACGAGCACAGGGUCCAACGGCGACAUCCGAUUCCAAUGGGGCGUCCCUGAGGCUGUUGCCAGCUCUGGCUCGGGUAAUGUCUAUUUCCAGCUCGAAGCCCCAACCUCAUACGCAUGGGUCGGCCUGGGUACUGGCAGUGAGAUGAGAGGAUCGCAGAUGUUUGUCAUGUACACCGACGGGAAUGGCAAUGUGACCCUGAGCACGCGGGAGGGCACAGGCCAUGUUCUGCCCGACCACGUCAAGCUAAGCAACACGGAGCUGCUGGCCGGCUCUGGCAUCGCGAACGGCAAAAUGGUAGCCAACGUCCGCUGCGGCGACCUCCAGAAUCUCGACCUUGCCGGUACCAACAGCUGGAACGCGGCCUGGAGAUCCGGCAAUGCCCUCGACUCGACAAACGUCAACUAUGCCAUCGCCGAGCACGACGGGACCACGCGCAUGCGGGUGAAAUUUGGCAACGCUGGCAUCACGUCGGACGAGAACCCCUUCCUCACCAACGUCACCAACAGCGACAGCGGCAACGGUGCUGUGGUCAGCUCUGGUGGCAGCAGUGACAACUCGGGCUCCUCUCAGGGGGGAGGUGGCAGCAACACCGACGCCAUCAUCCUUGCCCACGGCAUUGUCGCGCUCGUCGUCUUCGCGUUCUUGUAUCCCCUUGGCGCCAUUCUUAUGCGUCUUGUGGGCAAUUGGUAUAUUCAUUCGUUGACACAAAGCCUUGCAUGGCUAGCCAUGUGGGCGGCCUUUGGCUUGGGAUACGUUGCCGCCAAUAGCGAGGGAGAGUUUUUCAACCAAACCCACACGAUUCUAGGCACCGUUGUGAUUGCCUUGCUCGGCAUCCAGCCCCUGCUGGGUUGGCUUCACCAUCACCAUUAUCUUAAUCACCAAAAGCGCGGUUUCGUAAGUCAUAUCCACAUCUGGUACGGACACAUCUUGUUGGUCUUGGGCGUUAUCAACGGCGGAAUUGGCAUCCAAUGGAUGGAUUCAUCAACCGGUUUCAAGAUCGCCUACGGCGUCGUGGCAGUCGUCAUGUUCGUCGCCUAUAUUGCGUUCACUAUUUUCAGCGGGAUAAGGAAACGAAGACGCGUCUCGGGCGCAAAGAUUUCACCAAUAGACAGCACGGAGUUGUCACCGAUAAGGAGCGUGGAGUAGAAUGAUGGGCAAUUUCGCCCAGAAGAUCGGUAUUAGGUGGGAAUGUUUUGGAGGUUCGAUAGAUCUGGCGUUUGUUACCUGUGCUGAUUCGUGUCAUAUCUUUGUCAAAAUCUCAUUAUAGACCUAGUUCAAGCAUGCCGUUGGUUAUGAGCCUUUCGUCAAUAGUGCACUGCUAGAGACUUGUAGUGAGUAAGGUAAGGUAUGUGUCGACCUCGAGCU